AUAAAAACAUACUUAUUUAUUAAAUAAAAAAAAUAAAUUUAAUAUUUAAUAUUUUUCCAUUGCUCGGCCAAUUACUCGGUGCUUCCCGAAUCCCAAGUAGUUGCAGGUUUCAUGGGCUUAUUUGGCGAUCGUAAAAAUAAAAAAUAAAAAUAGUAAGAUUUUUAAUAAUUUGUAUUGAGGGUUUGCGAAACAGGAGCUUAUAGUAAGCCCGAUUUCCCUAUUCGGCGGGCACUUCCCCUCGCAUUCUUCUUCACCCAAAAACCCUAACACUCGCUCCGAAGGAGAAAAGAAGAAGAGGGAAGUUUGCACAAGGAGAGGAAAGCUUAUAUGCAGGCAACGGCCGCUUGGAAGAUUUUCUUCUCGAUGCAGGCGAGGGCUGCUUGGAGACGCCUCUCCCACUCGCCUAAAGAUUGGAACUUCCAGAGCCCCUGGAUCUCGUCUCUGCUUCCCCGCCCACUUCUUCCUGCUCGCGUACCGCCCAUAGUCGAGUUCAGCACGACCCCCAGCAGGCCCAUGAGAGGCCGCGGGAGAAGAGCCGGAAGAGACGACGGCCCUUCGGAAGAGGAAGAGGAAGAGAAAGAGGAAGAGGAGGAGGAUUUCUUCCUCCGCACUCUCAACUUCGGCGACGACGGCGGGAACGAGAGAGCAAGAGAGAAGAACCUGGCCGACCCCCAGCAAGGCCCUCCGAGGCCCGCUAGGAGGCCACCGAGGGGCGAGCGAAGGUCGGACACGCCGCGCGAUGUCGAGGCAGAUGAUUUCUUUCCCCAUUUCCAGGAUGGAAACGAGAUACUGCUAGGCGGCGGCCGGAGGUCAUCUUCCUACCGAAUGCCCAAUAGACCGCCGCCGGCAGGAGAGCGAAGGGGGAAGGCUCCUGGAACUCUCCGUCAUAAUCUGAAGGCCGGUGACAUCGAUGAAGAUGUAUACGGAGAUUUCGAAGCUUUACUUCGAGAAGAAGAAUCUCCUCCUCCUCCUCCUCCUCCUCCGAGACCCCCCAUGAGACCCAAGGAAGCUGGAAAGAGUGAUGGAGCGAUCAAGAUCAACGACGAGUCAGACGAUCCCUCUACCAGGGAGAAAGGCGGUGCCGGACUAGGUGAAACCCUCUUUCAAAAAUUGAAACUUGGGGAUGCUGCUCCCGGCGAUAAAAUGGAAGGUGAAACUCAACGCAAGUCCCCUGCAAAUCUCUCCGACACCGAUUCUGCAGCAACCGAGCCUCCGCCCCAAGAUGCGGAGGAGGUCUUCAAGAAGAUGAAGGAGACGGGCCUUAUCCCAAAUGCGGUUGCCAUGCUUGACGGCCUCUGCAAAGAUGGGCUGAUUCAAGAAGCCAUGAAGCUCUUUGGGCUGAUGCGUGAGAAGGGAACCAUCCCCGAGGUCGUCAUCUACACUGCUGUCGUGGACGGCUUCUGCAAGGCCGCUAAGUUUGACGACGCCAAGAGGAUCUUCCGGAAGAUGCAAAAGAACGGGAUUGUACCCAAUGCUUUCAGCUAUGCAGUUCUGAUACAGGGCUUGUCCAACGGUGGGAAAUUGGAUGAGUCUGUUGAGUUCUGCACGGAAAUGUUCGAAGCAGGGCAUUCUCCGAAUGCAACUACCUUCAUCGGGUUGGUCAAUGGGUUCUGUAAAGAGAAGGGGGUGGAGGAAGCCGAGAAACUUGUAAAAAGUUUUCGUGAGAGGAACUUCAUUGUUGAUGAGAAGGCUGUAAGGGAGCAUUUGGACAAGAAGGGCCCCUUCUCACCGCUAGUUUGGGAGGCUAUCUUUGGUAAGAAGAUCUCGCAGAGGCCAUUCUGAUCUCUUCUUGUUCUUGGGGUUGCUUGGCGAGUACAAGUUUUGAUCUUAGUUACUUUUACCCUGGCAUAAUUGACCGCUCUACGGAAUUUCCGAGUUUAAGGAUUGUUUUCUUCUUCUUCUUUUUUCCUCUUCAUCCUAAUCAUGUUUUAUGUAGAAUCAGCAAGCAGUUGAAAAGAUGGUUACGUUAUCAGCUGAAUCUCUCAUCUGUUUCUUGUUGUCCUCGCCUCUUUGUUAAGCAUUGAAUGUGCUAUGAUUCUUCUACUCAAAGAAAAAAAAAGAUUUUUGAUUAUUUCUAAA